CACAGAGUAAGGGUGCCUUGAAUAUCAAUUGAACUGCACUUGGAUUUCAAUAUAACUCAAGAGGUUUACGUCCUAAGAAUUCAAGAUGAGUAACUGGCACCAGAAGUAUCUGGAGACCAUUUCAGAAGGUGUCAAGUAUUUAUGGAACAGCGGGCACUUCUCCGACACCACUAUAGUUGUCCAGAAUAAAAGAUUCCGAUGCCAUCGAGCUGUCUUGUCUGCUAUGUCACCUCAUUUUGAUGCUACUUACUCCACUGGUAUGAGAGAUAAUCCAGAUGGUGUCCUGACUCUUCUUAAUAUUGACGUCACCACCUUCGACAGCAUCCUUACCUUCAUCUACACGGGACGUGACGUAGUCUGUGAUGAGAAUGCCGAGAGUCUUUUACGGGCAGCUACCACGCUACAAGUUAAGGGGUUAAUUGAUAGAUGUGCAAUAUAUUUAUCAGAUAAUCUCACACCAAGCAACUGUAUUAGAAUGUGGCGAUUAGGGAGAACACAUGGUUGUGAAGAGUUGGAAGAGAGAGCAUGGCCAUUGAUCUUAGAUAACUAUCUGGAACUCAUCAAAUCUGAAGAUUUUAAAGAUGUCGAUGUUGAUGAACUAAUUUCUAUUAUUAAAGAUGAUGAUUUAGUGGUGCCCAAUGAAGAGUUAGUCUGUGAGUCAGUCUUUAAAUGGAUUGCCAUGGAUCCUGACAGCAGAAAUGUUCACCUCAGCUCUAUCAUUGAACAUCUUCGAUUCCCGUUAGUGAGUCCAGAGUACCUUCUCACUAUCAGUCAGUCGAAAGGUUUAUUGAAGGAAGAUAUGAUUUGCAGGAUGAUGAUGGAAGAAGCUAAAAGGUACCACAUGCUACCUUCAAGACGUCAGGAAUUUACUUCCAAACGAUCAUCCUUCAGGAACAGCUACGACUUAGAAGAAGUUAUCGUGGUUAUUACUGGUGGAUCAACUCAGAUGAAACCAACCGAAAUCAUAUGUUUCAGCAACCGACAGAAAAAAUGGUUUUACUUGGCUCCUCUUCCUUAUGAUCCCGGAGUAGAAUUUUCUGCAACCACAUACGCCAAUAACAUCUAUUUAUCUGGAGGAAGUCGUAAAUGGCCGAAGAUGUUGAAAUAUAACAGUGAAAGCAACGAUUGGAGAGAAUGUGAGCAAAUGGCCCAAGGACGUUCUCGGCAUGGUAUGGUUGCCGCUAGAGAUUCAAUCUACGUAUUGGGUGGCUACAACAGAAAUCUUCCUCAAGGUAAUAAAGUUUUAAAUACAAUUGAGAAGUACAACAUUAAUACUGGUAAAUGGACGAUGGCUGGAGAGUUACCUGUCCCUGUCGAGAUGGUGUCUGCUGCUGUUAUUGGUGAGAAGAUCUUUACCUUUGGAGGGGCACAAAGAAACAACCGAAAUACACCAGCAAUACAAUACUUUGAUACAAGAAUCGGCCAAGCCACACUUUUUGCAGAUCUCCCAUUUGCUUGUCGACUGACUAGAACAGUAGUCUGUGAUGGUCAGGUCUACAUUAUAACCACUGAUGGUGACGUCAUAGAAUUUUCAGAAGACGCAGGUUGUCGAACUGUGGGUAAAAUUGAGAACUUCGGUCGAGUUCAUUUCGGUGCAGUCCAGUUAUGUGGAAAAGCUAUUAUCAUUGGCGGAAAGAAAAGAAAUGAUUCUGAAUGUGAAACAAUGCUCAGUUUUGAUCCUCUGCGAGCAGGCGCAGAAACAUUACCAGACAAACUUCCAUUCCCAAAUGUAAUUGACGCAUGUGUCAAAACUGUCAUUAAUAGCAACCAUUUACGUACUGCAUUUGUCCUGAAGACAAAAUAAAGAAUGGACACUAAAUAUUGAGAAAUCAAAUGUAUGGACUAUGAGCGUUCUUUCUUGGCAUCUUUCCACCUUUACAUGGGGUGAGAAGGUAGUUUACAUCCAUUCUCUAUAUUAUGUUUACAAGUCAAUCAAGCUUAUCCUAGCGUAAACGUUUCUUUUGUUUAUAUCACGGGCAAAUUAUUCGUCCAUUUGUAUAUUUAUUGUUAUUUAUAUCCCAUGUCAUUUAUUUUAUAUACAGUAAAAUAAAUAUUCUAUAUACUACUUCUAAAAAAAGGAUUAGAGUGAUAA